CUCACUCCAUAAAUUAAACCAAACUACUCGUAAAAUAAACAAGUGAGAGAAAGCAAAACUGCCCUUUCUCACAGACACAGGCGAACAUGGACGGAGCUGCUCCUCCCCUCCUCCUCUCUCUCUAGAAAGCGCAAAGGAUCACAGACUUGAAAAGGGACGCGGCGCAUCACUCAAAACCCUAGGGAUGGCCCUGUGUGUUCCUUCCUUCUCAUCGAAGCAUCGACAAAUUCUCCGCGAUCUGAAUCUUUGAAAUGUGCUUCUUCGGAACCAGGGUCAUAGUCAGUUCUAUUUCCCCCUCGUUACGUCGAUGAUCCAGUUUCGUCGACGCCAGAGGAUCUUCAUCCUCUCUCUGCUCUCUCUUACUGUCUUUGCGCCUCUCCUUUUAUUCUCUGACCGGCUUAAACUGAUCGCUUUUAACGGUCGGAAUGAGCUCGCGGAUGAUCUAUCGAGUAUUACAUACAGGACAGAUACCUUAAAAUUGAAUUCCAUAGAAAAGGAAGAUGCUAGAGAAUUAGAAGAGCCAAAACAAGUUGUUUACAAAGAAAACGAUUUUGUCCCAAGGAUUAGUUACAGUUCCAAACAGAGUAAUGAUUCUGAAGAAUCUGGAAUUGUAGGGUACAGAAGUAAGUUUCUGAUGAGAAAUGUUCCAGGAUUCAAUGAUGACAAAAAGGAAAACCAGCAAAUUCAUCAGAAAGGAUCUUCUUCCAUUUCUGAAGAAAAGAAGAAAUUUGAUGAAACAGUUUCACAAUAUCAGAGAAUGAACACUCAAUCACAAAGAACAAAAUAUGAAAAUAUUUGGAGAAAUGAGCAACCUGAUCGGAAGGCAUCACAACAUCGUCCGACUUUACACCCUCAGUCACAUAAAGCAUCAAAUGAGAGGGUAAUGGAGAUUAAAGACCAAAUUAUUAGAGCCAAAGCAUACUUGCUGUUUGCACCACCUAGCAGCACCUCACGCUUGGUGAAGGAGUUGAAGCUGCGGAUUAAAGAGAUGGAACAAAUAAUUGGAGAAGCCAAUAAGGAUUCAGAUUUACCAAGGAGUGCUUUGCAGAAAAUGAAACACAUGGAUGGUACAUUGUCCAAAGCUGACCAUGCUUACCCACACUGCCAUCUUAUGGCUUCAAAGCUUCGUGCACUGAACUACAAUGCUGAAGAGCAAGUUCGGACUCAGCUAGCUCAAGUGUCAUUUCUUGUUCAUCUUGCUGCAAGGACCACCACUAAAGGCCUCCACUGCCUUGCUAUGCGGCUGACUUCAGAAUACUAUGCUCUGAGACCUGAGGAGAGGAAGUUUCCAAAUGAAAAUAAGAUCAAUAAUCCUGAGCUUUAUCACUAUGCUCUCUUCUCUGAUAAUGUUCUGGCGUGUGCAGUCGUUGUUAACUCCACUGUUUCUACUGCCAAGGAACCCGAGAAACUUGUUUUCCAUUUGGUGACCAAUUCACUCAAUUUUCCAGCAAUCUCGAUGUGGUUCUUAUUAAAUCCACCGGGCAAAGCCACUCUCCAAAUACAAAAUAUGGACAACUUUAAAUGGAUGUCCAAAUACGGUGGCUUCAAGAGACAAAAUUUUAGUGAUCCCAGAUAUAGUUCUGAACUCAACUACCUUCGCUUCUAUCUACCGGACAUCUUCCCUGCUCUUGAUAAGAUUAUUCUCUUGGAUCAUGAUGUGGUGGUGCAACAAGAUCUAAGUAGCCUAUGGAAUGCCAAUAUGAAGGAAAAAGUAAAUGGAGCUGUCGGAACUUGUAAAGAAGGUGAUACUUCAUUCUACAGGAUCAAUACGCUCAUCAAUUUCUCAGAUCCAUUUAUUGCAGAGAGGUUUGAUGACAAUGCAUGCACAUGGGCGUUUGGGAUGAACGUGUUUGAUUUGCAACAGUGGAGGAGACUGGAUUUAACUGCUGUCUACCACAAAUAUUUGGAAAUGGGUUCUAAGAGGCCAUUAUGGAAUGCUGGAAGUCUGCCUAUUGGGUGGCUCACCUUCUAUAACAAGACAAUGGUAUUGGAAAGACGGUGGCAUGUUCUUGGCCUUGGUUAUAACUCAGGCAUAGAUCGCAAUGAAAUUGAGCGUGCCGCUGUUAUACACUAUGAUGGAAUUAGGAAACCAUGGCUGGAUAUUGCAAUGGGAAGAUACAAGGGUUAUUGGACCAAAUUUAUUAAUUAUGAUCGCUCGUUAUUGCAACAGUGCAAUCUGCAUGAGUAGGACAAAUAUUCCCACCUUGCUCGUGUUAAUUGACUAAUCUGAUGGCAUAUUGUUUGCUUCUUCGCUCUAUUCUUUCCUGUUCUUUGGCGGUUCUGAUUGUAAAGCCCUUCGUACCUCCUCAACAAUCUUCUAUACAUGACUUGUUGGAAAGCUUAGCCAGUUUAUAGUGACAAUUGGGAUGGAAAUAAGAGUUAGAGGCGUUUUAGCUGUUUGCAGAUUCUAUUCGUUCUUGUGUAAAUAAUUCACCUUCGCUGCUCUUAUUUAAUGAUCCCACCUUAGUUAGAGGGAUUGGUAUCAGGUCUUUACAUUGCCCGCAAGAACAAAUUUUACAUGCUAUUUGUUGGAAUGAGAGCUGUGUUCUUGAACUGUAGUGUCAAUGAUCGAUUUAUUUUUAUCUUGUGAAACAUGAUGCUUUAAGUUAGUGGGAUUCAAGUGUUCA